ACAGCAACAAUGGCCUCAUCAGUCCUGGGGAUGGUCAUGGAGGAGGUGACCUGUCCCAUCUGCCUGUAUCUCCUGAAGGAACCUGUGACUGCGGAUUGUGGUCACAGCUUUUGCCGACGCUGCAUCACAUGGAACUUUUUAUCCAGCAAACGCAAAAAAGCGAAGUGCAUCUGCCCUUUGUGCGAAGUCCGUUACCAGUUUAGGCAUCUGAGGCCUAAUCAACAUAUGGCCCACAUAGUGGAGAGGCUCAAUGGGCUCAAUUCCAGCCCAGAGGAGGAGCAGGGGUUUUACUGUGAAAGGCACGGAGAGAAACUCCAGCUCUUCUGUGAGAAGGACAUGGUGGCCAUCUGCUGGCUUUGUGAGAGCCCUCAGGCCCACCAUGAUCACCUAACAGCUCCCAUUGAACAGGUGGCCUAUAAGUUCAAGGGGAAGCUCCAGGCAGCUCUGCAGGAACAGAGGGCAAAUCAGAAAAGAUGUUAUGAGUGGAAAGAUGACCUUCAACAGGAGAGAACUUUCUGGAAGAACCAAAUACAGGGUGAUGUAGAAAAAGUUCAGGUGGAGUUUAAAGGACUUCGGGAAUUCCUGGACUCCAAGGAGAAGAAUGAGGUGCAGAAGCUGAAGCAGGAGGAGGAAGACAUUAUGAACAGCCUGGCACAGUCUCAAAGGAAGCUGGUGAAGCAGAGAGAGGCAGUGAGAGACCUCAUCUUAGAUGUGGAGUAUCACUUGCAGUGCUCAACCAUGGAAAUGCUGCAGGGUGUGAAUUCUGUCCUAACAAGGAGUCAGACCUUAAGACUGAAACGGCCUGAUAUGGUCCCGAGAAAACAGAGAAUGAUCUUCCGAGCUCCAGAUCUGAAAGGCAUGCUGCAAGUGUUUCAAGGGCUCAUGGAGGCUCAAAAAUACUGGGUUCAUGUGACCCUGUAUCAAGGCCACAAUAAAAAUGUUGUCAUUAAUGAGGACAGAAGAGAAAUACAACAUGGAAAUGGUUUUAGAAGAAAUUUGCAAAUUUCUGAGACCUAUGAUUUGGGUGUCCUGGGAUACCCAGCUUUCCACUCAGGGAAACAUUACUGGGAAGUGGAUGUGUCUAGAAAUGAUGCCUGGCUCCUGGGAUUAAAUGAUGGAGAAUGUGCUCAACCCCAACUUCCUGCACCGAAUGAGAAGGGCAUCAAGGUCCAAUACAAUCCUGGUGUUAAACAGCAUGUAAAUUAUCAGCCUAAAUAUGGCUACUGGGUUAUAGGGAUGAGGAACGGGUCUGUAUAUAAUGCCUUUGCAGAGUGUUCUGUCACCCGCAAUGCCAGUGUCUUGGUCCUCUCUCUGACUGGCCGUCCCCGUCGUGUUGGAGUUUUCCUGGACAGAGAAGCUUGUACUCUCUCAUUUUAUGAUGUUUCCAACCAUGGAGUUCUCAUCUAUAGAUUCUAUGAACCUUCCUUCCCUGAUGAAGUUUAUCCAUAUUUUAAUCCUAUGUCAUGGUCAGAGCCAAUGACAGUAUGUGGGCCACCCUCCUAAACCUCACCCAUAACUGCACAGUGCCCCAUGUCUGAUGUAUCUCAUAUGCCUGAGCUCCCUGGCAUCAUCAUAACUGUUUCUGCCUUUGCUCUUUCCCUUUUAAUAAACUUCAGGUCUCAAUACAAA